UUCUUGCCAAUGAAUGAAGUAUGCUGUCCACAGAGAUUUGUGUCAGUUUUAUAACAUUGUCAUUAAAUCACAGCCUAUAAAGUAAUCCAAGGGCGGGGAAAGUGAUUUUAAAAUAGGAUGAAAGGACGUCCUGAAAUCCCUUCCAGUUCUGCCUCUGGUUGCACCAAAUGAAGCUGUUUAACAAGUUCAGUGGAGGAAAUGCCAGUUGUUCUCCAACUGUUUUGCUUGUUUCCAUCUUAUUUUCUCAAACCUGGGUAACCAGCAUGUCAAAACCUAACAUUUUGAUCCUAAUGGCAGACGAUCUUGGAACUGGUGAUUUGGGAUGCUUUGGAAAUGAAACUAUGAGGACACCAAAUAUCGAUCAGCUGGCAAAAGAAGGGGUAAAACUUACUCAGCAUAUUAGUGCAUCAUCUCUUUGUACUCCAAGCAGAUCUGCUUUCCUGACUGGUAGAUAUCCCAUCAGAUCAGGCAUGGCAGCUACAACUGAGAGGCGUGUCAAGGCUGGGCCUGGUACCACAGGAGGGCUGCCUACAAAUGAAACCACAUUUGCUACCUUAUUACAGCAGCAAGGUUACACUACUGGCAUAAUAGGAAAAUGGCAUCAGGGUUUGAACUGUGAAUCCCGCAAUGACCACUGCCACCAUCCAUUAAACAAUGGCUUUGAUUAUUUCUAUGGUGACCCUUUCACUCUUGUGAACGAUUGUCUAAGUUGGGAAUAUUCAGAGCUUGAGCCAGGAAAUAAGAAUCCAUAUUAUGUUCAAAUAGUUGCCGUUUUGCUGUUAACUCUUCUGGUUGGAAAAAUUAUUGGUUUGGUUUCUUUGAAAUGGAAAAUAGUUUUCAUCAUUAUAUUGUGUGGAAUUUUCUAUAUUACCUACACUUUUGUGCAUUAUUUAUUUCGGAAAUCCUGGAACUGUCUGAUGUUCAGAAAUCAUGAAAUCGUUCAACAACCACUGAAACUAGAGGAUGUGGCUUUUAGGAUAGUGAGGGAAGCUGUCUCGUUUAUUGAAAGAAACAAAAAAAGGCCAUUCCUUCUUUUUGUUUCAUUCUUACAUGUCCACACACCAUGUUAUAGCACUAGUCUGUUCCAUGGAACAAGCAAGCAUGGCUUAUAUGGAGACAAUGUUGAGGAGAUGGAUUGGAUGGUUGGAAACAUUCUUGCUGCUCUUGACAAAGAGGGAUUGAAGAAUGACACUUUUACGUACUUUACUUCAGAUAAUGGAGGAAAAAGAGAAGUGUUUCAAUGGGGCGAACGGCUAGGUGGCUGGAAUGGUAAAUAUAAAGGUGGAAAAGGCAUGGGAGGUUGGGAAGGGGGAAUCUGUGUGCCUGGAAUAGUUAGAUGGCCAGGAAAGGUCGCUCCUAAUACUGUUCUUGAUGAACCCACAAGCCUGAUGGAUAUUUACCCCACUGUGGCUCAUUUGGCUGGGGCAUCAGUGCCACAAGACAGGAUAAUUGAUGGCAAGAACCAGAUAGAAUUAUUGCUGGGAACUGUUCAGCAUUCUGCUCAUGAAUUUAUGUUUCAUUACUGUGGGACACAUUUGCAUGCAGUCCGUUGGCAUGAGAAGGAGAGUGGAAGUCUCUGGAAGAUUCAUUAUGUGACUCCAAACUUUCAACCAAAGGGGGCUGAUGGAUGUUAUGGAAAGAUCAUGUGCCCAUGUUCAGGAGACAAUGUCACCUAUUAUAACCCUCCUUUGGUUUUUGACCUCUUAAGAGAUCCCUCAGAAUCCACUCCACUUUCUCCAAUUUCUGAACUACAUUUUGACAUCAUUAUAAGCCAAGCUGAAGAAGCAGUGAGAGAACACCAGCUGACUGUCACUCAUGUCCCUAAUCAACUGGAUCUUCCAAGUAAUCAAUGGGAAAAAAAUCUGCAACCAUGUUGCAGAAUUUUCCCUUUCUGUUGCUGUGAUAAAGAAACCAAUUAAUUUGUGAUAAAACUGUCAAAGAAGCAAUGUUGUCUAUCUAUUAAAACAUUUUAGAUAUCUUGAAAUCAUGUUAUCGGUGGUUAUUGAGUGACUUAAAAAUUACUUUGAUGAAGAGAAUGAAAAAAUAAUAUUUUAUUUUUAAAAAACAGAUUAUAUACUG